AUGGAGAGCGAGAUUCAGCAGCUCGUUGAAAUGGGGGCCAGUCGAACGCAGGCUAAGGCGGCAUUGCAGAAGCACCGAGACGUCAUGGAAGCCGCCGAACAGAUAUUUGAGGGCAAGUUUGAUGAUGUGGCGGAGGACGACGACGUUACAAUAGCUGCGCCUGACGCGCGGAUCGGGCGUGCGGAGAAGGCUCGCACUCAUAUGACGACUCCGGAUGAUGGGAGCGGGGAUGAGAUAAUGGAUGAUGAGGAUGGCGAAGAGGAAGAAGACGACGAAGGGGAUGACUAUAUUGACUACGACUCGGAUGAAGAGUUCAAGCCGAGCGCGCAAAAAGCGGACGUGGACCCAUACGCCGGUAUAUUCUUCUCCAAGGAUCGACGUGAAGAGGUCAUUGAGAUUGAGGAAGCGCCCGAGCAUGCCACGAUUCCCGGCUUCUCCGAUUCAAUGCCGCUCAUGACCCAGGGCGAGUGGAUGCAAGGAUGUCCAGAGGGCAGCGAGCAAUCGUUCCUAUUCAGCCUUUAUUCGCAGCUCAGCGAUGGUUCUUGUCCAUGCCCACACGGUUGCGACUUCUCUGUGGCCCGCCAGAAGAGUGAUUUCUUCGCGCUUUACCCUGAUUUCGACACUUAUAUCAAGGAGUUGCGAAAAAGGGUUCAUCGACUAUGUGGUCGGUGUCAUAAGGCCUUUUGUUUGGCUUGCGGCGAAGGUAUCACAGGAGAGAAAUCGCGCACGGGCGAUUCGACAGAUCCGCUAUUUCAUUGCUCUAACAUACAGGGCGUGACAGUUGGUAUAGGGCUGUUUAUGGUCGAAAAGCUAUUUCUCGAGCAGACGCAAGACAAUGCGCGACAAACGGAGCCGGAUGCUAAACCGGGAUUGUUCAAGAGAAAGAAAGCGGCUAUAGAUGCCGGUACGCCUCCGAUGUACGAUGAUGAUGAUUUCAUCGGUCCUCAGAACAAGAAAGCCAAGGGAGGGAUAGGCUACGCGGGCAAUGUCAAGGAAGAUAUCACCGGCCAAACUGAAGCUUUAGCUCAGCAGCGAGCUAAGGAUGCCAAGCUGGGCUCGUUGAUGGCGAGCGUCCGCGUAUACAUGCCUUCUUUACGACGGCCCUCUGGUGGCUAUGCCAGUGACUAUCUACCACACCCGACGACGCUGGCACACUUGCGACGACGUUUCAACCUACUGUGCACCACUUUCUUGCGGAAUGAUUCUCUGGCCGACAUGUCUGACCGCUCCGUGCUGUACUACGAGCUGUUCACUUGGAUGGAGACCAUUUCAAACCACGAAGCCCUCGCAAGCAUGAUGGCUCAACCAAUCAUGGUUGCGCAGUCAGUGAAAGCCGCCAUGCCCAGAAAAUCUUCCAAGAAGCCUGAUCUCAAGUCACGCGAGCGGACAAUUGUUUAUGAGGCUAGCGCAGGUCCACGUGAACUGCUCGAGUCGAUUGUCAUCCAGUCACAUGCGGCUAUCAAAUCUUUGGAUUCAGGCAAUGCCUUGGAGCAGAACACGGAGAUGACUGAAGAGGAGAAGCGGGCAACUAUUGAUGACAAGGGCAAGAGCAGGGAAGCCGGCGAAGGUGCUCAUUCAGACGAAAACCAGAGGAUGCUUGACUUUUGUCAUCGCAUACAAGCUACUGCCCGUGCAAUCGACCGUUUUCUACGGGAGAACAAAGGUGAUCAGUUUGUUGAGCGUCUUCACGCUUCGUUACCCAGGAUCCCUACGGCCUUGUCGGGAGAUAUCUACGUUGACGCUGGUGACACGGAGGAAACCGCCAAGAAAGCCUACAUGGAAUGGGCAACGCGUGUGCGGUUCGAGUACUGUGACCUCACGAUAUCGUCACCGAAGUCAAAUGGGCAAACAACUGAUACGCCACACUACAAACAUUACUACGAUGCUGAAGCCAGGGCGCUAGUGUCGUCGGAUAUGCCCAAGCGUUCCCUAGCGAUAGCAAAGGAGCUCGCUGUACUUACGACCAACUUACCUGUUUCAUGGGAUUCUUCUAUUUUCCUCAAGGUCGACGAAACCAGAGUAGAUAUCAUCAAGGCCCUGAUCAUUGGUCCUCAAGGCACACCUUACCAGAAUGGCUGCUUUCUCUUUGACAUAUUCCUUGGUCCGAGUUACAACCAGAUGUCCCCAAGUGUCAAAUAUAUGACCACGAACGGCGGCAAGUUCCGGUUCAAUCCUAAUUUGUAUGCGGACGGGAAAGUUUGUCUCAGCCUUCUGGGCACCUGGCAAGGACCGGGAUGGAUAGCGGGUAAAUCAACACUCCUCCAGGUCCUGAUUUCAAUACAAUCUAUGAUACUGUGUGAUGAACCGUAUUUGAACGAGCCUGGAUGGGCGAACGAUGCAGGGACACCCCAAUCGAAAGAUUAUUCGGCGAAUGUGCGGCGCAUGGUGGUGAAGACUGCGAUGCUUGACAACUUGAAGUCACCGCCAGAACCCUUCGAGGAUAUCAUUCGGACGCACUUCCGUCUGAAAGCUCGAUCUAUCACGGUCCAACUGGACCAAUGGCUUGCUCAGGAUGAUGGCAAGCCUACUCUGGCGGGCGGAGGUGUCAACAUGAUGCCCGAGUCCGCGUCGGGCUCAUCGACUGCGUUCAGACGGGACGUCGAAGAAUUGAAAAGACAGCUUAGGCAACUCUGAUUUCUUCCUAUGCACCCAUAUUCCUGUACUGGAUAGACUUGCAUGUGUUCGGAACG